UCACCACGUCUUCGUUUAGUGUUUACUUCCUGGAGGCAGCAGUGGAGGGGGUAGAGGCAGAAAUUUUGGAUCAGUCGGGUUAAUAGGCGUUUUGUGGCUGGCUGCCAGUGCGUCCUGGGGUGAACUACUCUCGUCCUGGUGUAGUGAAGGCGGGGCAGUUGCCAGAGACAUUAAGAUUAAGUGGCAAGCAGUGAGGGAGGGGCAGGAUUUGGGGGCAGGAUGGCCAACUCAUCUGGGUCAAGUAGAAACCUGACAGCUGCUGAUUGGGGCGGAUUUGAUGACAACAUGCAGUCUGGUGGGGGGGCUGCAGUAAUUGACAUGGAGAACAUGGAUGACACAUCUGGUUCAAGCUUUGAAGACAUGGGGGAAAUACACCAGCAUAUGAAGGAGGAGGAAGAGGAAGUGGAAGGUGAAGGAGUGCCAGAGGAUGGGGAGGAGGAUGGGGCCUUCCUUGGCAUGAAAGGCGUCCAGGGGCAGUUGGGGCGACAAGUGGCUGAUGAGAUGUGGCAGGCUGGCAAGAGACAGGCCUCAAAAGCCUUCAACCUUUAUGCCAAUAUAGACAUCCUGCGGCCAUACUUCGAUGUGGAGCCCAUACAGGUCCGACACCGGCUGCUGGAAUCCAUGAUCCCAGUGAAAAUGAUCAGCUUCCCCCAGAAAAUUGCUGGAGAGCUGUACGGACCCCUCAUGCUGGUGUUCACCAUGGUGGCCAUUCUCUUGCACGGGAUGAAAUCAUCAGGAACUAUUAUUGGAUAUGGGCUGUUUGGACACUGCAUCGUGCUCUUCAUCACCUAUAACAUCCACUUCCACUCACUCUUCUACAUAUUCUGGCUGUGCAUCGGAGGGCUGUCCACUCUACGCAUGGUGGCAGUACUGCUGUCUCGCACUGUAGGACACACUCAAAGGCUGAUCGUGUGCGGUACUAUGGCCGCCCUACAUAUGCUUUUCCUGCUGUACCUGCACUUUGCUUAUCACAAAGUAGUGGAAGGUAUUUUGGAUACAUUGGAUGGACAGAAUGUUCCACUACCUAUUCAGAGAGUUGCUCGGGAUUUGCCUGUGGGGCCCAAUACUGUGCUGAAUGCCACCGUACAGGUUCUGUUGGCCCACUCCCGCUGACCCUGAACACAAAGACAACCGUACUACAAAUGACUGUCAUUCUCUUAACCCUCCAGUGGGGCAAAUACUGUCUUUUUGCCCCUUUCUGGCUGAAUCUCCACAGCUAAGAGGAAGAGCUGCUGUAAAUAUGGGGAACCCCCUUGUGCUGUCCUUUAACCCUUUAUUGACAAGGGGACAUUAAACCAUUUCUGAUAGUAAAGAGUCAAGUUUUUCCUUCUGUUUUAGUGUUUAUGUAUUGUUUUGAUCCUGCGACAAUUGUUCCACCAUCUUAAACAUUUCUGUACCAGAGAGUAGUGUGGGAUCUGAUCAAAACUGGAACUGUUAGACUUUGGGAUACCGGCUACUGAACAAAGGGCGCUGCAUGGAAUGGAGGCAGACCCACUGAGGACAUUACAUGGACUGUGUUUAUGCCCCAUUGCCCCCUUCCUCUCUCCCCCCACAAACACAAGGGGUCCUACACCUGUUAACUGGAGCCCCAGCUACUUGCCACCCAGCUCUAUAACCAGGUAUUAGACUUCCACCUAGAGCUGCCCUGAGCCAGUGUCACAGCUCUCUGUUCUCUGAGAGAUCUGCACUCUCCUAACAGCCCUCUGUGCACCUGUUACUCCAGUGUGGAACCCCUCAGCCCAGGACUCUGUUCUGAUGUAUGCAGGUAGCCCCCCGCUGCUGUCACAAGGGCCCCAGAAUCCUCUACUUCUCUUCUGUAAUAAGCUUGUUACUUGAGUGACAUGCUCGUUAUCAUUCUGUUUUAACUCUGUGUCUCUGUAGUAAAGGGGGCACAAUUAUUAAAAUGAAAAGGGUUUAUUGGUACCCAAAAGCCUUGAAA